UUCUAAACUCUUAAUAAAUCCACAUUAUGGCAGACGAAGAAUUGAAUAGCAACAAGCGACCUCUGGAAGAUAGUCCUGAAAUUGAACAAGAUGAAUCUGACGAUGAUAUCGGACCUGUUCUUCCUCCACCUCCUUCUGAAGAAGCACCUAAAAAGAAAAAGAGAACGCUUGCCUAUGAAAAACUUUACCUUGAACAUUUACCCAACGCCGACAUGUACGAAAAGAGUUAUAUGCAUCGCGAUGUUCUUAAUCAAGUAGCCAUCACAAAGAACGAUUUCGUUGUUACUACUUCUGUCGAUGGUCAUUUGAAAUUUUGGAAAAAGACAGCGAGCGGCAUCGAGUUUGUAAAGCACUAUAAAUCGCAUAUGUCUAGUAUCGUCGAUAUCAGUCUUUCUGCAGACAAUGAAUUAUUAGCCACUAUAUCUGACGACAUGUCUUUAAAAGUGUACGAUAUCACCAAUUUUGAUAUGAUCAACAUGAUUAAGUUAAAAUUCAAACCUAAAGCUGUGUGUUGGAUUCAUCAAAAAGGUCAAGCUCAGGCACUUGUUGCAGUUUCAGAAGCAGCCAACACCAAUAUUCAUAUUUACGAUGGACGUUCCGACGGCAAACCCCUUCAUACAUUACCAAGCAUGCACAGCAAGCCCGUUCAUCUCAUUGAAUUUAAUGCUCGAUUUAAUACGGUCGUUUCUGUUGAUUCGCUUGGUAUGAUUGAAUACUGGUCCCCUGAGGAACCAUUUGAAUUACCCCAGAACCUCGAGUUUGAAAUGAAAUCUCAAACGGAUUUGUACGAAUUCAGAAAGAAGAAGUCUGUACCUACCUGUUUAAAUUUCUCCCCCGAUGGUCUUAGUUUUGUCACAAUGAGUUUUCCUGAUCGUCAAGUCAGAUUAUUUAAAUUCUUGACUGGUAAGAUGUAUCGUGAAUAUGACGAGAGUUUGCACAUCAUCAGUGAAAUGCAACAAGCUGGCACUUCCUUGUUCAAGUUGGAUGAUAUGGAGUUUGGUAGAAGACUGGCUGUUGAAAAAGAAUUAGAAAAGUCGAGUCAAGCAAAAUUUGUCAAUGCUGUCUUUGAUGAAACAGGUCAUUUUAUUAUUUAUGGUGCAUUACUAGGUAUUAAGGUCAUCAAUAUUCUUACGAACAAGGUUGCUAGAGUCAUUGGUAAAUCAGAAUCCAACCGAUUUGUCAAUAUGGGAUUAUACCAGGGCGCGCCUAAAAAGAAGGGUAUUUAUACUUUGGCUAUGGCAGCCUCUGAUAAUGCAGUGCUUCGCGAAAGUCAAGAACUGGAUCCUACCUUGUUCUGUACAGCUUUCAACAAGAAUCGGUUUUACAUGAUGACACGUAGAGAACCCUUUGAUAACGGACAAAAGGGAGAACGUGAUGUUUUCAAUGAGAAGCCAUCUCGUGAAGAACAAACCGUUGCUGCUACACAAGAGCGUAAACAAGUACUUGGAACCAGUGCUAUUCUACGUACAACCUCUGGUGAUAUUCAUAUGCGUCUCUUCCCGGAUGCCGCACCGAAAGCAGUUGAGAAUUUUGUCACGCACGCUAAGAAUGGAUAUUAUGACAAUCUGAUUUUCCAUCGUGUGAUCAAGGGAUUUAUGGUCCAAACGGGUUGUCCAUUUGGUGAUGGUACGGGUGGUGAGUCCAUCUGGGGUGAUGACUUUGAAGAUGAGUUUUCAAGAGAAUUUAGACACGAUCGUCCUUAUACCGUGAGUAUGGCAAAUGCUGGUCCCGGUACAAACGGAAGUCAGUUCUUUAUCACUGUUGCUCCUGCUCCAUGGUUGGACAAUAAACAUUCUGUAUUUGGUAGAGUUACAGCUGGUAUGGAUGUGGUCCACAAUAUAGAAAGUGCAAAGGUAGACAAGACCAACAAGCCUUAUGAUGAUAUCAAAAUUAUUAAUAUCGAAAUUCGAUAA